UGUCAACUGUCAAACGGCAAUCUGAUUGAAAACAUCAGUGCAUUGGAUUUACGUUUUUGGCAUUAUUUUAUUAAACUUUAAAAACUACACAUUAAAAUUGAUUGAAAAGAAGGUAGAUGUGGUGUGGGCAAUUUUAUCGGAAAUACAUACGGAAUCAGACUGCAGAACAAACUUUGUUUAUAUCGUAUCCUAGCAUGAGAUAGCGGCUUUGGGUUUCCGAAUUACUUAUUUGUAUCUUAGUAACGAAUAGUCAGUCUUUGUGAGUUUUGGAAGAACAAUUGGUUUUCAAGAGCAAUGGCAGAUCCGAAAGUUGAACAGCCUACAUCUGAUGUAGAAUCGAAUUAUACUCCAAGUAAUGAUCCUAAGAAUAUGCAAGAAGUAACGCAAUAUGUACAAUCUCUCCUGCAAAACAUGCAAGAUAAAUUCCAGAGUAUGUCAGACCAAAUCAUCAAUAGAAUAGAUGAAAUGGGAACUCGUGUUGAUGAGCUGGAGAAGAACAUCACAGACUUGAUGACACAAGCAGGUGUUGAAAAUGAAAAGUAGCAGUAGUUGUAGUGUAAUAACCAAAAUUAGUUUGCCUGCAAUAAUAACUUAAGAUAUUAUAAUGGUUAUGGUUUAUAAUCACAUGUUUGAAAAUGUUCUGCAUUCCAACACCGAAUCUGUGUCAUGAAAUUGUCUAGAUUUUUAAGAAAUAUGGUUAAUAUACUAAGUAAUCAUUUCUUACAAAGAGCAAUAAAGUAAUAUUAACUUUAUUAUUUGUUUUUUCAAAACCUGAUAUAGCAUAACAUAGCACGUAACUCCAAGCUUACACUUACUAAUGUAAUAUGGUUUCCAUCUUCAAUUCAAGAACUAUAUAUCCCUGAAAAUUAUAAAUAAACAUUUAAUGGAAUAAUAAUUGCUUAUUCAUCAUAUUUAUUGUUAGCUGUAAGCUAGUAAUUUGUAACUGUAUUUAUAUGACUAAGCAUAACCUUUUCUGUUUACAUACAUCUUACAAUACAAGUUUUAAUAAUCCAUUUAAUACAAAAGAUAUAUUUUUACCUUCAUUAAUAUAUCUAAUAAUAAAAAAUUGGUUUUAUUCCUCUUUACGUAAAAAUAUGUUGCUUACACCACAAUAUAGUUUGUUAUCUAUAAAAAACAAUUUCUCUUAUAAAUAACUAUAAAUUUUAUAUAACUGUGAUUGACACCCAUGUUUUAAUCCAAUAUAUCCAAAAUUUUUUAGUACUGUAACUUAGUGGUAAUUACUGUUAUAUCAAGUAAGCCUUAUUAAAAUUGUACCAUUAUAUUGUAGCAAUCGUCAAUAUUUUAUUUAUCUAUAGUGUUUAGUAAAAUGCACGAAAUCAAUGUAAAAUGCUGAGUAUAAUGUAUCGUAAUGUGACACAAAUUUUGUAUUCACUAAUCUUGUAAUUAAAUAGUAAAAAAAA